CCCAAAGCCAACCAAACCCCGCUACCCCGCUACCCUCCUCGCCCCCCACCCUCGAGCGAGCUCUGCAAUGGCGGCAUCCUCGGCCCCCCUCGCGUUCUCCGCCUCCGCCUCCGCCCUGUCCGCGCGCCUGCGCCUCGCCGCUCCGGCGGCGUCGUGCGCGGCCACGACGCGGCGCCGCCGCCCGGUGGUGGUCCGCGCCAAGAUCCGCGAGAUCUUCAUGCCGGCGCUCAGCUCCACGAUGACGGAGGGCAAGAUCGUGUCCUGGGCCGCCGCGGAGGGCGACCGCGUCGCCAAGGGCGACGCCGUCGUGGUCGUCGAGUCCGACAAGGCCGACAUGGACGUCGAGACGUUCUACGACGGCAUCGUCGCGGUCGUCCUCGUCCCCGCGGGCGAGUCCGCCCCCGUCGGCGCCCCCAUCGCCCUGCUCGCCGAGUCUGAGGAGGACGUCGCGCUCGCCGUCGCCCAGGCCCAGGCGCUCUCCAGCGGACAGCCCCAGCAGGAGGCCCCUGCUCUCUCGGACGCCGCCGCUUCACCGCCCCCACCGGCGGCUCCGGUGGCUGCUGCUCCCGCGCCUGUGGCUGCGGGGACGAAGGGCGUUGCCACGCCGCAGGCUAAGAAGCUAGCCAAGCAGCAUAGGGUGGACCUUGCCAAGGUGACCGGCACCGGGCAGUUCGGCCGAAUUACGCCGGCUGAUGUUGAGGCAGCCGCUGGCAUCCAGCCAAAACCAAAGGUGGCUCCUACUCCUGCUGCUGCUGCGCCUGUCGCUGCAGCUUCGUCAGUAAGGGCUGUGCCGCAGGCGGCCGUGCUUCCGCCGGUGCCCGGUGCCACGGUGGUUCCAUUCACUGCGAUGCAGGCUGCAGUGAGCAAGAACAUGGUGGAGAGCCUGUCAGUGCCAGCAUUCCGUGUUGGUUACCCCAUUCUCACUGAUAAGCUCGAUGCGCUGUAUGAGAAGGUCAAGCCAAAGGGGGUGACGAUGACCGUGUUGCUUGCAAAGGCCGCUGCCAUGGCACUUGCACAGCACCCUGUGGUGAACGCUAGCUGCAGGGACGGGACGAGCUUCACUUACAACAGUUCCAUCAAUAUUGCUGUGGCUGUAUCUAUUGAUGGUGGACUCAUCACACCCGUCCUGGAGCAAGCUGAUAAGCUGGAUAUAUAUUUACUCUCACAAAAGUGGAAGGAACUAGUCAAGAAGGCACGCGCAAAACAGCUUCAACCGAAUGAGUACAACUCUGGGACAUUUACACUGUCCAACUUGGGCAUGUUUGGUGUAGAUAGAUUUGAUGCAAUUCUUCCACCUGGCCAGGGAGCUAUAAUGGCUGUUGGAGCCUCAAAAUCUACAGUGGCGGCUGAUAAAGAUGGUUUCUUUAGUGUUAAGAGCAAAAUGAUGGUCAAUGUCACAGCUGAUCACAGGAUUGUUUAUGGUGCUGAUUUGGCGGCAUUCCUGCAAACUUUUGCGAAAAUUAUUGAGGAUCCUGAGAGCCUAACUUUGUAGGAUUUUCUUGGAAGUGGUCUAUGAGUUGUUCAACCGUCAGUUCAUUUCCAGUUGGAAGUCUAUCACUGAGUUUGUUUUUCGUUUUCCUAUUUGUAUCUUUGAGUACUCAAGGGGAUAUUGCUUUCCCGCUGUUUGUACUAUUUUCACUUGGGAAUACUGGAUACUGUUGGAAAGGGGUUACUCUGCUGAUGUUAUGAAGUUUUGGAAUGAAAUAAGUUAUAUGUGUA